CGCUACGGGGCUGCGCGCGCGUCAGUGCUCUGGGCUAAGGUAGCUGGGGCCGAGUUGGGGGGCGGGACGUGCGGCGCUAUGGCCGAGGGCAGCGGGGAAGUAGUAGCAGUGCCCGCCACCGGGGCUGCCAACGGCCUCAACAAUGGGGCCGGCGGGCCCUCGGCGCAGACUAACAACCCGCUAUCGCGGAAACUGCGUAAGAUCCUGGACACACGGCUGGACAACGACAAGGAGAUGUUGGAAGCUCUCAAGGCACUCUCAACCUUUUUUGUUGAAAAUAGUUUGCGCACUCGAAGAAAUUUACGUGGAGAUAUUGAACGCAGAAGUUUAGCCAUCAAUGAAGAGUUCGUAAGCAUUUUCAAGGAAGUGAAGGAAGAACUUGAAAGCAUACAUGAAGAUGUUCAGGCAAUGAACAGCUGUUGUCAAGAUAUGACAUGUCGCCUACAGGCAGCAAAGGAACAGACUCAAGAUUUAAUAAUAAAAACCACUAAGCUUCAAGCUGAAAGUCAAACAUUAGAAAUAAGAGCGCAAGUUGCAGAUGCCUUCUUAUCCAAGUUCCAGCUGACUUCUGACGAAAUGAGUCUUCUCCGAGGUACAAGAGAAGGACCUAUCACUGAGGAUUUUUUCAAGGCAUUGGGAAGAGUAAAACAGAUUCAUAAUGAUGUCAAAGUUCUCUUGCGUACAAACCAACAAACAGCAGGUUUAGAAAUUAUGGAACAGAUGGCCUUGCUUCAAGAAACAUCUUAUGAAAGACUUUACCGGUGGGCUCAAAGUGAAUGCAGAGCAUUGACACAAGAAUCAUGUGACAUAUCUCCAGUACUGACUCAGGCAAUGGAAGCCCUGCAGGAUAGACCUGUCUUAUAUAAGUAUACCUUAGAUGAGUUUGGAACAGCUAGAAGAAGUACAGUUGUUCGUGGAUUUAUCGAUGCUCUUACAAGAGGGGGCCCAGGAGGUACACCUAGACCUAUUGAAAUGCACUCCCAUGACCCUUUGAGAUAUGUAGGAGAUAUGUUGGCUUGGCUCCAUCAGGCUACUGCUUCUGAAAAAGAACACCUUGAAGCUCUCUUAAAGCAUGUAACUACACAAGGUGUUGAAGAAAAUAUUCAGGAAGUUGUUGGACAUAUUACUGAGGGUGUGUGCAGGCCCCUAAAGGUUCGAAUUGAACAAGUAAUAGUUGCUGAACCUGGGGCAGUUUUAUUAUAUAAAAUUUCUAACCUCCUCAAAUUUUAUCACCAUACAAUCAGUGGCAUUGUUGGAAAUAGUGCAACUACAUUGUUGACUACCAUUGAAGAAAUGCAUUUGCUGAGCAAAAAAAUAUUCUUCAGUAGCUUGAGUCUUCAUGCCAGCAAAUUAAUGGACAAGGUUGAACUCCCACCACCUGAUCUUGGACCAAGUUCUGCAUUAAAUCAGACACUCAUGUUGUUGCGUGAAGUUUUGGCAUCUCACGAUUCUUCAGUUGUACCGUUAGAUGCCCGUCAGGCUGACUUUGUGCAGGUUUUAUCAUGUGUCUUGGAUCCUCUCCUCCAGAUGUGUACUGUAUCAGCCAGCAAUUUAGGCACAGCUGACAUGGCCACCUUUAUGGUCAAUUCACUGUAUAUGAUGAAGACAACAUUAGCUCUGUUUGAAUUCACCGACAGACGUCUGGAAAUGCUACAGUUCCAGAUUGAAGCACAUUUGGACACACUUAUAAAUGAGCAAGCUUCUUAUGUUUUAACUAGAGCAGGCGUGAGUUAUAUCUAUAACACCAUACAGCAACAUAAACCCGAACAGGGCCCUUUAGCUAAUUUUCCCAACCUAGAUUCUGUGGCACUGAAGGCUGCAAUGGUUCAGUUUGAUCGCUAUUUGUCAGCCCCAGACAACCUGUUAAUGCCACAGCUGAACUUUCUUCUAAGUGCCACAGUGAAGCAGACGGCUCCCAUUCCAGCUCUGAAUUCUGCCGGGGUAGCAGGAGAGGCGCCAGUUGUCCAGCUUGUUUGGGUAGCCACACCAGGAGGAACUCUGGAGACGGUGGAGGGACAGGGAUCUCUCCUCUGCAAGACUAGAGCUUUAUCUUCCAAAGUGGAGACGCCCCAGCAGGAGAUGCUGAAAGGCACUCGCCCCGCUCAGGUCACACUGCAAGAUUUCCAAGCACUUCUUUGUGCACCGUCUUGAUGUCGCGCGAGAUCAGCCGGGUGUGAUUGUCCCGGAGGCGUCCAGAU